AUGCGUUCCUCAGCCGUCCUGACACUGACUGCUGUCAGUGGCGUCUUUGCCACACCCGUCGUCAAACGCAAUGGUGGCAAGAGCUGCCCAUCAAAGACACCAACACCGACUUGGGGCCACCCGACACCAACUCCAACUUGGGGAGAACCACCCACUAAACCAACACCAACUUGGGGCGAGCAUCCCCCAUCUGGCCCACCGCCAGAGAAUGAACCUUGCACAGGUUACACGUGCGGCAACCUGUUCAUCGGCAACGCGUUGAACUGCAACAAUGUCGACAUCAAUCUAGGAACCCUCAUUGGUGGCACCACGCCCGCGAAGGACGGACCUGCCACAGGUGUCAGGUGUGGCGACCUGUUCUGGCUUAACAUUGGAAAUUGUAACUCAAUCACUGUCGGCAAGGAGAAGCGAACCACGGGCCACACAGACCCACCGUCUCCUCCCGAGGAUGAUUGCCCAGAUGAGGAGCCUCCCAAGGAUGAUCCACCCAUGUCCACUCCUCCUAAGGAUGGCCCUCCUGCACCCGCGCCUCCCAGGGAUGGGGAUCAAUGCAGCGGUAGUGUCUGUGGCGAUCUCUUCUGGGCAAAUGUCGGCAACUGCAACGACAUCUCGAUCACUGGCACCGUUGGCGGCUUGCUCGGAGGCCUCCUGGGCGGUGGCAAAGGUUCAAGCGGCCACAACGGAGAACAGGUCAACGGUAUGAGGUGCGGCAACUUGUUCUUCCUCAACAUCUUGAACUGCAAUAACGUCAACGUCAACCUUGGCAUUCCCAUCAAGGGUCUCUGA